CCGCGCGGCCGCCCCGCGCCCGACAGAGGGCGGGCUAUGGCUGGAGCACAGCCGGGAGUGUGGGGCCGCACGGCGGGAGCCGGGCAGGGCAGGGGGUAGCGGUUCGGAGGAGCUGGCGGCCGCGAGGAGCCGCGUUGAGGCGUCGUGUCCAGCCUCCGCUUCGGAGCGCUGCGUAGCAGGCACCUGGAGCGGCCGAGCCUGGGGGCUCGGGAGCCCGGAGCCGGGCUGGGAGCUGUGAUCACCGGAGGGAGCUGGGGCCCUGAUCGCUGAGGUCCAGCUCGGGGCCCUUCGUCCGAGCUGCUCGGUCACCUGCUUGUCUUCUGAGGCGCAGCCCUUCUGCUGCCCGUCUUUCGUGUCGGAGCAUCCUCACGGCCGGGCUGCCAGGAUAUUCUCAGCAUUUUGAUAUUACUUCUGACAGGCAUGAGUCCUGCGUGCCUAUUCUGAGUUGUGGAGUUGAAACGAGAUGCAGACAGGAAGCUGAGGAGGUUUGCAAAUGCACCAUCCCAACAGGCAUAAAAAGAAGCCUGUGGGUGGGACCCCAAAUCAUCAUCGUCCUCUUCAUCAUCUUGGUGGUCAAUGUUGCUGCUUGCUGGCUUGAGACUGACUUCUGGAUGAGUGCAUUAACACUCCCCAUCCCUUCUCCAGUGCUGCAGGCUGACACUGGAACUCCUCAAAACAGAUGUCCAAAAUAGACUGACAGUGCUCUAUGGUGUCCCUGUGCUGUGUAUCCAUGGCAUGUUCAUGGCUGGAUAACUAUGGAUGCUGUUACAACAUAGACUUCCAAUGAGCAAGGACAUGAAGCCUUUCGGGAAGGCUUUCAAGUGGAAGAGCUAGUAGACUGCUCUGAAGUCGACACGAACUUCUGUGACUAAAAGAACAAGGAGGACCUGUGAUAGGGAGAAAGUGUUUUCAGAUAUCUGAAUUAAAUCUCAGCAGUGCUUUUCUGCCAUCUGCUGCAGAGCAGAAGAUUAUCAGACAUGUCAAUAGCACUGAAGCAAGUCUUUAAUAAGGAUAAGACUUUUCGUCCAAAACGCAAGUUUGAACCAGGAACCCAGAGGUUUGAGCUACAUAAAAGAGCGCAGGCCACUCUGCACUCAGGUGUGGACUUGAAAGCAGCUGUACAGUUGCCCAGGGGAGAAGACCAAAAUGACUGGGUGGCUGUCCAUGUUGUUGACUUCUUCAACAGGAUCAACCUCAUUUAUGGAACUAUCUGUGAGUUCUGCACGGAGAGGACCUGCCCAGUGAUGUCUGGAGGCCCUAAGUAUGAAUACCGGUGGCAGGAUGACAUGAAAUACAAGAAGCCUACAGCACUGCCAGCACCACAGUACAUGAAUCUCCUCAUGGACUGGAUUGAGAUGCAAAUCAACAAUGAGGAUAUAUUUCCUACAAGUGUAGUUCUAGGGCCUCAACACAAAAAGGACAUGGACCUGUUGGAGUAUCAGAGUUAUCAGAGGGCUGGAGCACCUCCUCUACAAGGAUGGGCUGACAGAGGUGUUCCCUUUCCAAAGAACUUCCUUCAGAUCUGCAAGAAGAUACUUUGCCGGCUUUUUCGGGUAUUUGUUCACGUCUACAUUCAUCAUUUUGACCGUAUCAUCCUCAUUGGGGCCGAGGCCCACGUCAAUACCUGCUACAAGCAUUUUUAUUACUUUGUGACAGAGCUCAACCUGAUAGACCGCAAAGAACUAGAGCCUUUGAAGGAGAUGACAACCAGGUUGUGUCACUGAAGCCACUCACUGAAGAAAACGUGUCCAGUUUCGUCCUUGCUGCGGAGUUCCAGAACGCAGCAGCCCUUGCAGAAUGAGUCUGCUUUCAAUCCAAGAAAGCAGAAAAGAUGGGAACUGCAGUUACUUUCACAAAAGUUUUCCACUACUGUCAGUGUUCCUAACCCAGAGUGUGCUGCUAGGAACGUCAUCUGAGCAACGUGGAUUGCUGAGGGAAAGAAGUAUUGACUUCAUAUUAAUCCUAGCUCCUUCAUUAGGGAUGAGAACCUCUUCAGCCUCAAGUAAUGACUGACCAUAUUCCUGCUGCUAAAGCUCGCUGAAAUUCAGGUCCCUGGGCUGACCUCCAGAUCCACUGUAUUCAAAUGAAACUAUUACUAGCUGAAAUGUUGUUUUCUUUUUAUUUUGUUCCUUGGUUUGUGCUUUGUUUCCUAAAUGAAGUGGAAUAUGAAGUCAGUCUGGAGUUACAGAAGACUUACAGCCCUGAACAUCUCCUGUCUGUCCCUUGGCCAUUCAAGGCUUGGCCACUGUUCCCAAAUGCCAGAGAGCCUUGUGUUUCCAGGAACACAGCCCCAUCCUUUUGAUGAUCGUAGAAUCAUAGAAUUGUGUUGGAAGGGACCUUGAGAGGUCAUGUAGUCCUACUCUCCUGCAAUGAACAGAAACAUCUGUGAGGACAUCAGGUUGCUUCCAGCCCGAUCUAGCCUGACCUUACUGACCUGAUCAGCAGCUUGUGCUUCACUGCAAUUCCUAAUGGGGUGACAGAGGGUCAGCCUCUGAUCUCAGCUACAUGAGCAGAAUCCAGACACAGCUCUGCAGUGUUGAUGUCCUGUCUUCAAAUUCUUACUGUGACUGACAGCAAAUCUGCUCAGUGUUUCUGCAUUACAUAAGAAUGCAACUAUAUUGUUGGCAUUUUCCUGAAACACCUCAUGAAGUCCACCAAUGCAUCAUGUAGCCUGAUGUCCUAUGAUCCCCUUAGAGGAAGGACAGCUUUCAUUCAAACAAAUAUUUAGGCUUUUCAGGAGAAAAUAAAUUUAAUUUUGGUAUUUGGUAAAUGUGAGAAAGAUGCAGUACAGAUGAGUAGUGUAGCAAUCAGGCCAGGAGGGACUGAACAGAGGACUCUUCUGCAUCUGAACUGUGUUCAGCAGCGUGGCCUUAUUUCCACACUGGAGAAUAUUUCUCCACAGUUCUCAGUUGAAUUUAACACAUUGGUGAACAGCCUGGAGGGAUGUAAACACAGUAAAUCCAGUCUUCUGUGUCAAAUAUACCCUGAUGAAAGGCUUUCUUUAAAAACAAACAAACAAAAAAAAAUUUUUAAAAAAAAGCAAUAUUUACCAGAUCGCAGGAGAAAUAUAACUGAAUAAAUGGGGAUCAAUGUAUUCUGUGCCUUCUGAUGAAUUUUGCACAUUUUUGUUAUUGUGAAAGAUUACUCUUUCCUUUUUAAGUGAUGAACCCUGUUGCUGCCUUCCCUCAGUGAGUUAGGUAUGUUUUCUUCUUCUGAGAUGUUAUCAGAAGGAAAUCUCAUGGAGUAUCCAGUGAAUGGAACAUUAGAAAUAGAGGUGUAGCAGCAAUUAAGAAUAACCACAAUCCUUUUGUAGUUCAUGCUGUGGUGUGUUCUAACUUGCUCGCUUGCUUGCUUGCUUAAAAUAGAGCUCAUAAAUGUUAGUGAUCUGUUCUUGGUGGGAGAAAUGGCUUUUGUCUGUGAACACUCAGCACAACUAGGUGGAGACUUUUCUGCAUCUUUAGAAUGACACAAGGAGUGUUAUCCUUGGCUUUCAGGGAACUAGGCUGAAGUGUCCUUCCUCUUUCGGUGGUCUUUUCAGUUAGGUUAAUUCUUUGUGGGUUGCACAACAUAACACUUCUGGGGUGCUGGCACUCGGCAGGAUAUAACCAUCUUGUGGAAUUCAUUGCCAUAGCUACUGCUGAGCUUAGCUGCUUCAUUUUAGAUGUGAUGAUAAAUGUUGUUGCACGAGUAUGAGUGGAAUUACAGCCUUGAUUACGUCUGAAAGGGUUUCUUAUACCUUUCUCCAAAGCCUGUUAGAGCUGGAGCUGUAGUUGAUACGGGGUUCUUGAACCUCACUGUUGCCAGUUCCCAUCCUCUGUUCCUAUGGCUGGACAGUGCUGCAGUGCUCUGGAUUAAAGAUUAACAUAAAGGUCAAAGUGCCAUUGCAGAAAUUGAAGAAUAGUGUUUAAUACAUAAAAUGAUCUGUCCUUUAGUUUGUUAUGGUACUCACCGUAUGCUGUUUUGAGUCUAAUUACUGUAGUGAUGUCUGGAAAAGCAGCAGAGUUUGUUCCCAUUUACUUUGAAUUACUUUUGAAUAACCUUAUAAAUGCAUUAAUCUCAGCGUGUUUGCGAAAGUUCUUUGUUGGAAUGUGUUUAUUUUUCUAAAAUCAUUUUUCAGUUUCCUAUACUCCAGUGCUUCCUGAUCUAGCACAAAUUACAAGGAGGGAAAAUGCAGUGUGGAACCAUAGAGGACACGAGUUGGCCAUGGCCAAAAUCCUGACGAGUCUUAAUUGGAAAAGGCAUUCCAACCCAGGAGCUGAACCACCAAUUGAUUCACUUGGUUUGGUCGUUUGAUAGGGAAAAGGUGGAGCUUUGCUCCAACUUGUAUUUUCUCUGUGAGUACUGAGCUCUUUCUGUUGGCCCCACUGGUGUGACAGGCACUGGCCCAAGUCCUGUGCGUAGGUAAUAGGGCAGAGGCUUUCUGGCACCCUCUUCACUUUACAUCUGUACCAGGCAAAAUGCGGUGUGGUGCCUGGGCAUCACAAAUCCAUUGAGCUCUGUUUGCUGUGGAAAAUACCAAAAGCCGUAUUGAAACUUGCUAAAUGAUGAAAUAAACUUCCUCCAGAUGGCAGGGUUGAGCCCUCGGCCAAGUGUUUUCCAGCAGGUACUGCUUUCACCACAGAGGAGUCCUGCCAUGGCCUCGCCAUCCUGUGCCACAGGCCAUCUCUCCAUUCCCCAUGCUUGGUAUUUGAUAUCUCGUUAUGAAUAACAUCUGGAACAUGGCAUCGCUACUUGAAUGUGUCUGGUUACUCUUCUCCUGGACGAAAGAGGGGCAGCAGCCUGUUGGAUCCAGAUCUGAGGGAUUCCAGCUUUAUCAGCAAUCUGCUUGAGGCCACAUCCAGAUGACUCUUGUUUUGGGUGUUGAUCACAGGUCCUGAUUUAUAUGAUUCCUCGGGAUAUGUCAAGAUAAAUGUAUUUUAAAUGUGAUGGUAUGCACAGGCAUGCAUUUCACCUACUGAGAAAACCUUUUUACUUGACCUUGCCAUUUAUGUGUCUUCCUAAUCAUUCUCCAGAAUGUGCCCCAGUAGCAUUUCAUGUGGUUCUGGAACUAUGUUUUACUUUGCUUUAUUUCUUUUACUAGCCUUUCAAUUAAAUCUUUUUCAUUUCAUACCUAGAAGAAGCGCAGUGAGUCUGGCAGCUGUCCUAAGAGGUGCUGUUAGUGCUGACUUCAAGGCAAUCUAAGUGGGAUCACUAAAGUUGUUAAAGGCCACAGACACCUUUACUUCUGGACUCCUGUGAUACCAGAAUUGACUUCAGCGAUUAAAGACUUAAUAGCUUUCAUUGAUUUGUCUCUGUCAUAAGGGAUUUUGUGAUGAACUUCUGCUUUGUGUGAACAUAGGUUAGUGCCAGACUUUAGUGACAAAUAUAACAUGAAAAAGAUAUUAACUUCCCUUAGGUGUAGUGAAGCAUCGAUGGAGUUGCAGGGACUAGAGAGGGAGGCUUUUUAGCAGCAGUGAAAUUGAUUAUUUCCCUUUGGAUCUGAGAGAAGGUGAAAACCUGAGUUUUUCCAAGAACUCCGGCUCUAAGCAGCAAAACUCGUUGCCACACAGGGUGGUUAAUUCUGCUGACCAGUGUUUGUUAAGAACAGGGCAGGAGGACAGGAGAGAACAACUUACUUGACAUGGAGCCACCCUGCAAGAGACGAUGCCUUUCUUUUGCUUUUUGUCUUUCCUACAUGUUUGGUUUUGGUUGUUUUUUUUUCCUUUCCAGGUACCUGCUGGCACUUCAAAGCAGGAUGCACUAUAUAUAAAAUAAGAAUAGAUUUGCUAUUACGUAACAUGUAUAAAUUGUUUGAGCAAGGGGAUAACACUAUGGGAUCAAAUAUAGAUAAGCGGUCAUUGAUUGGACUUCACAUUUAUUGAAAGAUUUUAGAGGCAUUUUAGUAACUAUACAAAGACUUCUAAGGGGAAAGCAAGGAAAAUCAGUUGUGAGAACCUGGUAGUGAAACACAUUUAGAUCCAAAAUGAUCAAAAACGCUUUUUGAUGGAUUUUCUACUAAUGAAAGAAACAGAGGUUUCCAGAAUCUAAUGGAGUAAGUUGGAGCUCUUAAAAGUAGCUGUUUCUUUUCUGUUACAAUAAGUUUUCCUUCCUUAAAGACAGAUUUGAUACAGCAAAGAGAUACGUUUUUCUUUUGCUGUUUUUAAGGGGAUAUUUCUAACAGACAAGUGCUUGAUUCCUUUUCUUCCUACGUGACUCAGUGUUGUCUGAUUUCUUUGCUAAUGAUGUCAAAUGUGUCUUACACUCUUUUUCUUCUGUUUGUUCCUAAAUGAGGUGCAACUGUGUGGGAAGAAAGACCAACACUAACUGUUGUAGUCAUUAAAAGAGCGCCACAAGAGAUGAUUUUUCACUGCAGUCCUAAGUAGAUGAAGCUGUAAAAUCUAAAUAUCGUGAAUAAAUGCAAUGUAAUCUCGA